GUUGUCAAAGGGCUGGCAGCCUGAGAUCUCCGCAACAGGUCCAGGAAUCAGCUCCCUGCAGCGCAGCGCGCCUCCUCUCGCCCGCCGCCCUCAGCGCCUGGCUCAAGAUGCGCGCCCUCGCCCAGCUGCUGUGCGCAACGCUGGCCGCCAGCCUCAGCCUCAGCCUCGCAGCCAAUCCUUGCUGUUCCAACCCAUGCCAAAACCGAGGUGUGUGUAUGAGCACUGGAUUUGACCAGUAUAUGUGUGACUGUACCAGGACAGGAUUCUAUGGUGAAAACUGUUCAACUCCUGAAUUUCUGACGAGAAUAAAAUUAUUCCUGAAACCCACCCCAAACACUGUGCACUACAUACUUACCCACUUCAAAGGAGUCUGGAACAUUGUCAAUAACAUUCCUUUCCUGCGAAAUAUAAUUAUGAGAUAUGUGUUGACAUCCAGAUCACAUUUGAUUGAGAGUCCACCAACUUACAAUGUGCACUAUGGCUACAAAAGCUGGGAAGCCUUUUCUAACCUCUCUUACUAUACCAGAGCUCUCCCUCCUGUAGCUGAUGACUGCCCAACACCCAUGGGUGUGAAAGGGAAGAAAGAGCUUCCUGAUUCAAAAGAAGUUGUGGAAAAGUUUCUCCUAAGAAAAAAGUUCAUUCCUGAUCCCCAGGGCACAAAUAUGAUGUUUGCCUUCUUUGCCCAGCACUUUACCCAUCAGUUCUUCAAGACAGAUCAUAAGAAAGGACCAGCUUUCACCAAAGGAUUGGGCCACGGGGUGGACUUAAAUCAUGUUUAUGGUGAAACGCUGGAUAGACAGCACAAAUUGCGCCUUUUUAAGGAUGGAAAAAUGAAAUCCCAGAUAAUUGAUGGAGAAGUGUACCCUCCCACAGUCAAAGACACUCAGGUCUCCAUGAUCUACCCACCACAUAUCCCAGAACACCUACACUUUGCUGUGGGGCAUGAGGUCUUCGGCAUGGUGCCAGGCCUGAUGAUGUAUGCCAUCAUUUGGCUACGGGAACAUAACAGAGUGUGUGAUGUGCUUAAACAGGAGCAUCCAGAAUGGGAUGAUGAGCGUUUGUUCCAGACCAGCAGGCUAAUCCUAAUAGGAGAAACCAUUAAGAUUGUGAUUGAAGACUAUGUACAGCAUUUGAGUGGCUAUAACUUCAAGCUCAAGUUUGAUCCAGAGCUGCUUUUCAACCAGCAAUUCCAGUACCAAAACCGCAUUGCUUCUGAGUUCAACACCCUUUAUCACUGGCAUCCCCUUAUGCCUGACACCCUUCAAAUUGAUAACCAGGAAUACAACUACCAACAGUUCCUCUACAACAAUUCCAUCUUACUGGAACAUGGACUUACCCAGUUUGUUGAAUCUUUCAGCAGGCAAAGAGCUGGCAGGGUUUCUGGUGGUAGGAACCUUUCACCUGCAAUACAAAAGGUAGCACAGGCCUCAAUUGACCAAAGCAGGCAGAUGAAGUACCAGUCUUUUAAUGAGUACCGCAAACGCUUUCUGCUGAAACCCUACAAAUCAUUUGAAGAACUCACAGGAGAGAAGGAAAUGGCUGCAGAGUUGGAAGCAGCUUAUGGUGACAUUGAUGCCAUGGAGCUGUAUCCUGCUCUCCUGGUAGAAAAACCACGACCAGAUGCCAUCUUUGGUGAGACCAUGGUAGAAAUUGGAGCGCCAUUCUCCCUAAAAGGACUUAUGGGUAAUCCUAUUUGUUCUCCUGACUACUGGAAACCUAGCACUUUUGGUGGAGAAGUAGGCUUCAAAAUCAUAAAUACUGCCUCAAUCCAGUCCCUCAUCUGCAAUAAUGUGAAGGGUUGCCCUUUUACCACCUUCAGUGUUCAAGAUCCACAGCUCACCAAAACUGUCACCAUUAAUGCAAGCUCUUCUCAUUCUGAACUUGACGACAUCAAUCCCGCAGUACUACUCAAAGAACGUUCAACUGAGCUGUAGAAGUCUAUUGGCAAUAUUUAUUUAUUUAUAUAAUCUAUUUGGACUUAUUUAAUAUUUAUAUCAACCUCCUUAUGAUUGUUAACAUCUGCUAAGGAGAAAAAGAUCAAACUUGUAAAGGUCUUUAUGUCACUAUUUGAAAGAUAUAUUUUCUUCAAGUUAGAGGAAAAUAUCUUCAUUCUUUUCUGUGAAUCUAUGGGAAAUGAUUUGAUACCUUUUUACUUGAAUUUUCCUCUUAGGAUGUUAUAGUAAGACCAAAAUCAAUGAUGUCUGAAUGUUUUAAUGCUGUUACAAGAUGACAAAAUGCUGCAAGUUUAUUUCUACUCUGUUGAUAUUACCAUUUUAUCUUUCGUGAUGUAUUGGACAUCACACUUUUUUUUUUUUUUUUAACCAGAGCACUGUUCAGCUCUGGUCAUGAUAUAUUGGAGAAAACUACCGAUACUUCAUACUCCUUUUAUUAUCUUCUUUUAUGUAUUUUACUAAGAGAAGCUCUAUUAUAAGUUAACUUUCAUUUUCUGGCUUAAAAUCUGAGUUCAUCUCUCCUUAGACUCUGUCUAUAUUUUCAUGUCUGAAUUUUUGUAAGUUUUCAGGAAAACCUCAGCUCAGGACUAUUGUUUAGUUCCUCUUAAGAGGGCUAAAAGAAAAAAGGACAAUGGGGGUUCAUGACAGGAAGAAGAUGAUAUUCCAGUUCUAAUGAAUGUCCUUUAUCAUUUAAAAAACAAUUCCUAAAUAGUUCCCCCAAAGAUUUUUUUUUCUUUUCCACAUCUCAUUGUCAUCUAACAUUUCUGGUACUGUAUGUCACUUAAUUUAUUGGAGAUUAUUAUUUAUGUUUUUCUAGAAUAUUACUGUGCCAAGAUGGGCUUCAGCCUGCAGUCACUGAUUGUGUGUGUGUGUGUGUUAUGUCAGAAUCAAUAUGUCUUCAUUAUAAUUACCUCUUUGAGCUACUAUAUAAACUACAAAAGAGAUGACUGGAUUGGGAUUUGUGAAUAAAAUUUUACAAACCCAAAUCUGGCAGACUGGGAUUAAAGAUAAGAAUGUCUUUGAGUGGAAAGAGAGAAUACUGUUUCAUCAACCCACUCAUGCCAGAAGAUUGAGCUCUUACACAUUUCUGAAGAGCUAAAUGUUUCGUUGAUUCACUCAACCACAACUUAUUGAAGUAUUCUAUGCAAAUUACUAUGGAUUUUGAUGCUUUUAAACCACAUGCUAAUAAUAAUGUCAUUUUAUAUAAAUGAAAGAGUGUAUCUCUUAUGUAGAAAAGGAAAUGAAAUUUUAUUGAAAAGAGAUAAUUCAGGGGACUCUAAGAUUUUAGCUUUAAGAAGUUUAAGACUAAGAUAAAUAAUGUUAGAAAGAAUUGUAUAAAAAUUGUUGAUUUUCUUGAUUGAAGAAACUGAUUUGCUAUUAGCAUCAAUAUUCUGACUGUACCUGGGAGUUUGGAAUGUGUAUGUAUAUAUAUAUAUAUAUAUAUAUAUGUGUGUGUGUGUGUGUGUAUAUAUAUAUAUAUAUAUAUGUGUGUCUUGACAUAUAUAUACAUAUAUAUGUCUUGGUGCAUCAAAUAAAUGACUAUUUUUAUACUUUUUAGAAUCAAAAAUGUCUCUUCUAAAAUAAAUUGACUGUUUCCAUA